GCAAGUGGUACAAGCAGUUCAACGUGUUCAUGAAGGCAUCUGGGGCCUGCAAGGAGCCGAAGGACGUCCAGGCUAGUCUGCUAGUCAACCUGAUCGGACCAGAUGGAUACGACAUUUACUCGACAUUUAAAUUUAUCAAAGAAGAAGAUCGUGAUGACGUAAGUGUGCUGAUUUCAAAGUUUGAAAAGCACUUUGGUACGAAACAAAACACAACCAUGGCGAGGUUUCGUUUCUUCACAAGAAAUCAAGAAGUAGGCGAAAAUAUCGAUACCUACGUGACCGCGUUGAGGUUACUGAGUCAUCACUGCGAGUUCGAGAACCUCGAGGACGGGCUGAUAAGAGAUCGCAUUGUGUGCGGGGUGAGCGACGGCGCGGUGCGAGACAGGUUGCUCAGGGCUGACGACCUGAACCUGGAGCAGGCUAUUAAAAUAUGCCAGGCUAACGAAUUGUCUUAUGAAGAAAGUCGAAAUAUCGAAAUUAAAAAGAGUGCAGAGUCAGCGAGUGUCGACGGGCUGUAUGGAUCGCGGACAGCAGGACGCGGCGGCGGCAGGUGGGCUGCGGGCGCGGCGAGCGGGCCGGGGGCGCGCCGCCGGGGCCAGCCCGGACCGGAGCCCCGCGGCGCGCCCGGCGGCGGCGGCGGCGGCGGCGCGGCCCGCCCGGGCUCCGCCGAGUGGCGCGAGGAUGCUGGUGCAGUGGCUAGGUUGUGUACGGCAUGUGGUGGUUAUAAGUGUUACACUGGAUCGCGGUGUCCAGCUCGAUCAGUGAAGUGUUUUACGUGCAAUGAGAAAGGUCAUUUUAAAAAAAUGUGUCCCAUCAAGGUCAAUAGACGUGUUUACGAAAUUUGUGAGGACGAAAAUGAAAGUGAAGAACUUUAUUAUGUUUCCUCCUUGGACCAAGGAUCGCACAACAAGGACAGUAUCUGGUAUGAGUCUUUAUGUCUAUUUAACAGUAAUAAAAGUGAGAAGUUUAAACUUGACACAGGUUCUGAUCUAAAUGUGUUAUCUAUGGCUACAUUUGUACGGUUAGGAUUUAAUGCUAAUGAUAUCUUGCCAAAUAAUAUCAGAGCGCAAUCAUUUUGUGGUAAUUACAUUCCAAUAAUCGGUUCUUGUAUGAUGCAAUGGGUGUAUAAGAAUAAAAAACAUGCAAUCGAAUUUGUAAUCUCUGAUAAAGCGUGUCAAAGUGUUUUAGGUAAAUAUACAUGUGAUGAGAUAGGGCUAGUUAAGCGAGUUUAUGAGUUAAAUAUUCAAGACUAUUCAGAAUUAUUUCAAGGCGUAGGUAAAUUGCCUGGUGAAUAUAAAAUUGUACUAAAACAGGAUGCAAGUCCCACAGUGUGCCCAGUAAGAAAAAUUCCGAUCGGAGUUAGGGAUAAAUUAUUGGAGGAAUUAAAUCACAUGGUGGACAUAGGCAUAAUUAGAAAAGUAUCUCAUCCGACUCCGUGGGUAAAUGCUAUAGUGUUAGCCGCUAAAAAAGAUGGUAAUUUUCGCAUCUGUUUGGAUCCGCGGCCGCUGAACAAGGCGGUGCGGCGCGCGCACUACCCGCUGCCCACGCUCACGGAGAUCGCCGCCCAGCUGCACGGCGCGCGCUGCUACAGCAAGCUGGACGCGCGCCACGGGUUCUGGAUGGUGCAGCUGGACAGCGACAGCGCGGAUCUCUGUACGUUUGGUACACCUUUUGGUAGAUACCAAUUCCUAAGGUUACCUUAUGGUAUAAAUUGUGCUAGCGAGGUAUUUCACGCGAAAGUUAGGCAAUUACUGGAGGACCUAGAUGGAGUGGAUUCAUUUGUCGAUGACGUCAUCGUAUGGGGCACCACGAAGGAGGAGCAUGAUGCACGGCUGAAGCGCUUGCUGGACAGGGCGCGCGAGGUAGGUAUAAGGUUCAACAAGUCUAAGUGCGAGUUUUGUGUUGAAAAAAUUACUUAUCUCGGACAUACUUUUAGUGCGGAGGGCAUGCAGAUUGACACCGAUAAACUUAAGGCCAUCACAGAUAUGCCGGAACCGAAUGAUAGGACAUCUCUGGAGAGGUUUUUAGGGAUGGUGAACUAUCUCUCCAAGUUUAUUUCAGGUUACUCGGAAACAGCGGCACCGCUGCGGAGCCUACUGAAGAAGGACGUGUGCUGGGUGUGGGAGGCGGCGCACAGCGCGGCGGUGGCGGCGCUGAAGGCGGCGCUGGUGGCGGCGCCCGUGCUGGCGCUGUACGACGCGGCGGCGCCCGUGCUGCUGUCCGUGGACGCCAGCUCGCAGGCGCUGGGCGCCGUGCUGCUGCAGGGCGGCCGCCCGGUGGAGUUCGCCUCGCUCACGCUCACCGACACGCAGAGUAGGUAUGCGCAGAUAGAGAAGGAGCUGUUGGCUAUCGUGUUCGCCCUCGAACGCUUUCAUCAGUACGUGUUCGGGAGGGGUGACGUCACAGUGGAGACAGACCAUAAACCUCUGGAGGCGUUGUUCGACAAACCGCUAGACGCUGUACCUACGCGUCUUCAGCGCAUGAUGCUGCGUAUCCAGGGAUACAGUUUUAAAGUGACGUACAAGCCUGGUAAGUACAUGUACAUAGCAGACACUUUAUCCAGAGCGGCCCUGCCGGAGCUGAUGGAGGACAAUGUAACCGCUGAGGUUGAGGAUCAGGUCUGUUUUGUGAUCGACAAUGUACGGUUCAGUGAUGACAGGUUACGGGAGAUAAAGCGGGCAACACGUGAUAACGACGUAUGUCAGGUACUUAUUAAUUAUAUUUUAAAAGGAUGGCCGGUUAAUAAGUAUGACUGUGCAGUUGAAUUGCGAGCACUGUGGUCUCACAGAGAGUCUUUGGAGUACAUAGACGAAGUGAUACUCAAAGAUAAGUUAGUGUACAUCCCGGAGGAGCUGCGAGGUGAGAUGGUGGCGCGCGUGCACGCGGGGCACCUGGGCAUCGACCGCUGCAAGCGGCGCGCGCGGGACGUCAUGUGGUGGCCGGGCAUGUCGCGCGCCGUGGAGGCGGCCGUGCGCGCGUGUCGCGCCUGCGCCGAGCACGCCGCGCGCCCCGCCCGGGAGCCCAUGAUACCGCACCAGGUACCGCCUCUGCCGUGGAUGAAGCUCGGCACCGACUUGUUCGAGGUAGGAAAAAAGUAUUUCCUCAUAGUAGUCGACUACUUUUCGAACUUCAUCGAAGUUUCACCUCUGACAAACAUAGGGUCAAAAGCGGUCAUAGCCGCAUUAAAGGACCAAUUUGCCAGACACGGGAUACCCUCGGAGCUCAUAAGCGAUAAUGGCCCGGCUUACUCUUCGCAUGAAUUUAGAGCAUUUUGCCAAGAGUGGGGAGUUACACAUGUCACCACAUCUCCAAACUAUGCACAAGCAAAUGGACUUAGUGAAAGGGCCGUUAGAACGGUAAAAGGUAUCAUAAAAAAGUCAUUAACAUCGGGUGCAGAUUUAUAUUUAGGGUUAUUAAAUUUUAGAGCUACGCCGAGACAUGGCAUCAGUUCGCCUUCUCAGUUAUUAAUGGGGCGAAGGUUAAAUACAAGGCUGCCGGUACACAUUGAUAGAUUGCGUCCAGACCGUAAUAAUGAUAAUGAUUUUACUAACAUAAUUAAAAAUCGUGAAUACAGCAAGCGGCACUAUGACGCGCAUUCACGUGAGUUGCCUCCUCUGCGCGAGGGCGAGGAGGUGAUCGUGGUGGAGGGCGCGGGCGCGCAGGGCGGGCGGCGCCGCAUGCGCGUGGCGGGGCGAGCGCCGCACAGCCAGCCGCGGUCCUACUUCCUCACUGAUGAUACUGGGCGACAAUAUCGCCGGAAUAGGCGACACCUCAUCAAAACCUACAGUAAUGAGGACACGCACCGGUCACCACCUGCUUCUCCUGGCGGGAAGGAGGACGGUGACAGCAGCGGUGACAGUGUGUACGGGGACGUGGUGAGUGAUGAGGACGCGCCGGGGGGCGCUCAGGCUCAGGGGCUAGUAGGGGGCGGUCGCGGGGGCGGCCCGGCGCAGGGCCCGGCCGGGGGUCGCGGGGGCGAUGCCCCAGUUCACCGUCAAGCGGCAGAACAGGCACGAGAAAAACUUGCAUCCUUGUUUUAUAAAAGGAAUAAUAAGUAAAGUUAUUAAGAAAGUUAUUAAAGUUGUUAAAGAGAAAUAGAAGUAUGUAUAUGAUAAUAAUAGAUUAUGUUGUUUGCGUAUUGUGUUGAAUUGGUUAUUAGCACAUAGGUAUUUUUAAAUAUAAUGCUUUUGUAGUGUAAGUGUAAUUAGAUAAAACAGUAGCUAUAAGUGUAACUUGUACUACCUAAUGUAGAAAAUUUUUAAGUAACUGAACUGUAGCUGUUGACCUAUUAAUUAAGUACAUAUAAUGUUUAUUGAACUUUAUGAUAAACUUUUUUCAAUUUAUGGAAGAGAUGUUGUAUAUGGCUUUGUAUGUGUGUGUGUAACUGCGUUUACAUCUACCUGCGUUUAGCAAAUAAAAGUCAGUCAUCAACCUAA